AAAAAAAAAAAAAAAAAAUCUCGUUUAUUUCCGAUUUCACCUUUCCCACGCGAUUUGCAAAAUUAUCCAUCAAAAACCUGUUGCCUUUUCGGUCCCAAGCACCGGCACUGUGCGUCUUCGGCCAUGAGUGGCAACGCGAAGGUGGCGGUGCCCGAGGCGCUCGAGUCCCCCACGCGGCUGGCGACAGAUAUGGCGACCAAGUGGCUGGCGUCGAUGGACGAGAUGCAUGACGACGACGACAAGACGGAGACGACGAGUGACAUUUCACCCAGUGCAGACUCCAGUCCUGUAUGCAAGAAGCGUGAACUGAAUGAGUCGCAGAAAGACAGUGGAGAAGAGACGCAGGAAGUUCAGAAGAAAAGACCCAAGCGGAAGUACCGCAAGUCCACCAUCAACGUGCGCAAGGAGGAGAAGGCAACUUUAUUAGAGGAACUAGCAGAACUGCACACCAAGCUGGAAAAGAUCAAGGCACGCGCAUUCGCCACUUGUGUGGGCGUGGAAGCUCGCACUCCAAGCGAGAUGCAGAGUGCGAAUAGAGUGCUGAGACGGGCGAUCCAGAAGCAACAACUGGAAUGCACCAAGAUUCACGCCCUCAUGUCCGAGUACUCUUUAUUUAAUAUUCGAGUGGGCAGUCCGAUUCAUCGGCCAAUUCACUUACAGAAGGACACGCAUGCACGACGCGCUACACUAUUGGCGUUGAAGAGCAAGGUACUGCAGGAUGGAGCCAAGUUCCUAAACGACCGACGACCUCGAGUGGAUCCAUUGAAGCCAAUGCGAGAAGAUCACGGCUACGAAGCGUCGAACGGGGAUUUCUACGCGACGUACAUUUCUACGAUGCAGUUCGAGAACACAGUGAAGCAAGUGUACGAUAUUUUACUCGGCUACUUCAGCAGCAUCGAGAUUAGUGUGUCGGAGAAGCUCGGCAACAUCACAAUCCGCGAAGACGACGACAAUAUGGCGCCAGGAAUCACACAGAAUCGACUGGUGUCUACUACGAUCGGUGGGCUGCGGAUGGAGUCAAACACGGUAUAUUUCUCUCGCUACGAACCUGGCGACGAAGAUGCAGGUCAUCAAAAUGGCUACGGCAUCUUUGUGGCGGAUUAUGUGGACCACGACGAUUUAAACCCGUAUCAUCCGCACGAACGUAUUCGCCGCGACUUCAGCGCUGUGUUGGAACUCACGUCGUACCCAAUAAGACAUGGGGUACGCACCAGAUCGAAGAACACGAGCGAGGGACGAGUUGUGGUGCUUACAAGAUGGGUACACAGCAAGGUGUAUCACCCCGAGUACGACAUCCCGCAGUCCGGCUGGCAUGAGAUGCGUGACAACACCGAGCGAUGGAUACAAACACUGCACCAUACUAUGAUGGAGCGGUUGUCCCCCGUAGUCUGCUGUCGGAGGUAAAAGGGCAAUAAACGAUGGCUACAUUUUUAGGUCUCGCUAGUCGCAAAAAUGAUUGUGAUUGGUGAAUAAGGUUCGAAAUUAAAGCCAAUCAGAUUAUGUUCACUGUACCAUAAAUAUGGUACAAGUGGCCCGUCACCAUCG